AUGUAUCCUCGCCGUUGCAGCUGGUCCUCAUGCACCACAUCUUCGAAUUCAUCCCAAGGCUCAUCCCCGAUCGAGGAAUAUGUGCACUCACCAACAGCCCUUCGAUUUCACCCUCAGUUUUUCCAGCUGCUUGACCACUUCCGAACGCCCUUACAUCCCCUGAUCUCUUGCACCAACGGCCAGGCGCAUCCAGACUUCCCGCCCAAUAUCCUGGCCUUCCAUCUCCUCACAUCUUGUCAGCUCGAUAAUCUGGCAUACUAUUACCACCAAGUCUGGCCCGCCACUGUAGACACCAAGGACUAUCCAGUUUCAAUCCGCCCAUGGCUCGGAACUCCAUAUGAGGCGACGAUCGACCUCGCAACCAAGCGCCGUCGCUUUGGCCAGUUUAUCGGGCUUCAGGGCUGCGAGUCUCCCAUCGACGACCAUAGGAAUUCUGGGCAAUCAGAACCGGAAUCAGAAUUAUCGGAAUCAGGAUCGGAACUCGUGAAGGACGAACACGAGACCGAAACAGAACAGCAGAUUCUCGAGCGCAUAGAAUGGGAAUGGCAAGAGGCGCUUGUCGCAGCCUUGAAGGAUCGCAAUUGGUUUGGCUGGAAAUGA